UGGUCCCCUCCUUCAUUCUUCAAUUUUUAUUUUUAGGCGGAUUAUUAUUAUUAUUAUUAUUGUCAUCUAUCUCUAUUUCACCUUAGGUAUGCACUGCAUCUGCUACUUUAUAGUGUGUUUGAAUUUGUUCGGAUGAUUUUCAUGUUGUUGAACUAAAUCUGGAGGAAAAGUGGUUAGCAGCAUCCUAAAGAAGACAUCCAGUGAUAACUAAGUAUUUAUGGCUAAAGUUCCUGGGGUCAUCUACUCAUCGGUUAAAAGUCCCCAUCAUCCCAGCUUAAACAGUAAUAGUCAAGGAUUGGUACCAAAGAAAUUCGGCCAUGGCCUACUUUCUAAGUUCAAAUUAAAGUUAUCGACCAAGGAGAAACUAAAUACGCCUGAACAUUUUACAACUUCGUUCAUAUGUCGGUCAAGAGACGCACAAACUGCAGAAACACAAGAAAGUGUAAGCCAGAAUGAAGAUUGCUCUGAUACUAUCAGCAGAACUCAAGGCAGAAACGGACAGCACAUUCAUGCUGAGAGAAUUAAUGACAGAAACCAAGCAUUAGCUGAAGCUUGUAAAUUUGCUUACAAUGAUGCUAGAUAUGUCAAUGAAAGGGCUAAAAACGACAUUAUCUUGCUUUCUCGUGGCAUUAGGAGAUUGGAUGCUCGGGCGCGCCAAGAUGUUGCUAUCUUAGGUUCGGGAUUUUUAAAACUAGAUGCUCGAGCAAGGGAAGACACUGAAAAAAUUGACAACGAUGUGAAGAAAAGAGCUGAGCAUCUACAUCACAUUGCCCUUGUUUUACAAAACAAAGCUCAUUCUAAAUUGAAAAGCGUUGCUGAUCGACAUUGGAGUGAUGGAGCUUUAGAGGCGGAUCUCAGACGUGCUGACUAUAUAGCCAAGCAACGAGCAAUGGAAGAUGCCCUCAUGGCUUUAGAGUUUAUGAAAGAUGUACACGACAUGAUGAUUAGCAAGAUGUACAAACUGAGAAAUGGAGCUCUAUCUUUUGAUGACAUGGCAGGCCAAAUAACACUUGAAAAGAAUGGAAAAGUCCUCGACUUUUUCCCUGGGGAGGUGUCAACUGAUCGCAUUACUGCUCUUCAGGAAGCUUAUCAGGAUAUGGCAUCUGCACUCUCAGAGGCUGAUGGAAUUGACUACAAUGACCCUGAAGAACUUGAGUUGUUGGUUGCCACACUGAUGGAUCUUGAUGCAAUGGAUGGUAAAGGUAGUGUAUCAUUAUUGGUAGAGUGCUCAAGUUCUCCAGACGUCAAUACAAGAAAAGCAUUGGCUAAUGCUCUAUCCGUUGCACCAUCGAUGUGGACUCUUGGAAAUGCAGGCAUGGGAGCUUUACAGAGACUGGCAGAAGAUAGCAACCCAACCAUUGCAGCCGCAGCAUCUAAAACCAUCGCAGAACUGAAGAGACAAUGGGAGAUAGAAGAAGGCGACAACUAUAGAUUUAUGAUGAAUCAAAUUCCAUUGCGUGAUGCAGACUACAACAUUAGUGAUGACAAUGGUGAUGAUGAAGACGAUGAAACAGACUAUUAGAUGUUAACGUCUAGAAAAUUAAUAUAAAUGUAGAUAGAUGUCCCCAUAAACCACCGAAUAAUCUGUAAUGUAUUAAUGUCUAAUAAUUUCCAUUUACCAGAAAACAAUCACUUACAUAAAGUUACAUGCUGGUUAUAAUAAAUCUGCUGCCUAUAACAUGUUACCUUUUGGUAUAAGUUUUAUCCGUAUAUGUGGCCCAUAGACUUGAUAUAUACUUUCUUAGGUAUCUUAUUGAGGUUUCCGAGUUAACUGCCAGAGGUUUCCGAGUUAACUGUCAUUUUCGUCCCUUUGGUUUGUUUACUUUUGGCAUUUCAUACCAAUUUUCAAAAUUGCACUAGAUUCCUCCUAACAUACUGAAAACGUAUCAUUUCAGUUCAAAAACUAAAACCCAGUUAAGUCACUCACUUUUUUAGUGUUAGAUAAAUAAACCACAACAUUUCCCUCCAAUAACCAACAUACCCUACCCUAAUUCCCAAACUUCUCCGUCGAUUAACACCCUUCAUCCACGUGCGUACUCACCGAUCAAACCAUUGCAACAAUGGAUCAUGAAGACGACAAUAACCCAAACCGGAGGCUUUGAGCAACUCAACAUUCAAAUGUCAAACCCCAACUUGCAUACGUACACGAACCUGAGUUGUUUACCCUGGAAGUUCACCAUGUUGGUGAGCUCACUAUAUUCGAAUCUCAUAUGUUGAUAAGGUGAAUGCAGACUAUUUCUCGCGAAUAAUAAUCAAUGACAUGAUGAUUGAACUUGGUUACAUGGAUAAGGAUCUAGAUGUUCUAAUAGGGUUCCAGGUGAAGAUAUGGAUUUUGGGUUAAGGCCAAUAGGUAGUGAUGUUGAUAUUCUUAGGUUAAUUAAACAUCCAACAGUGACUAAGGUUGUAGAGUUAUAUGUUGAGAAAGUUCAAAAAGUGGAUUUAGGAGACUUGACAUAGGAACCAUUAAGUGUGACUAUGCCUGAACAACAUCAAGAGCCUCAACAUGGUCUUGAUUUAGGAGAUUUGACACAGGCACAAGGUUGUGGUGGUAAUGAUAGUCCAGGAGGUGGUGAUGAUAGUCCAGGUGGUGGUGGUGAUAGUGAAGGCAGUGGUGAUGAUAGUGAAGGUGAUGGUGAUGGUAGCAGUCAUGAGGUCCAAUAUGAGGGUACUAAAGAUUCUGAAGAUCCAGAGUUUAAUGCUGAUUAUGAGCUUAGUGAAGAGGAUAUUGAUGGCAGUAUGAAUGCAAAUGCUACUAAAAAGAAAACUAGCGAAAAGAGGCAAUAGAGGAGGAUAGUGAGGGCAAUCUUGAGGCAAAUGCUACUAAAAA